AAAGGUUUCUGACAACACCGGCGUCUUCUAUUCUUUGUCGGAAGAACUUGACAAGUCUCUAGUCUCCUGUCAACAUGCCGAUUUCCUUCCUUCUUAUGGUGUAAGUAAGAUAUUUUAUGGCUGAUAGAGAAGCAGAGCGAAUGGAAUUCGCGGAUUUGACGGUGGGCUGUGCGAAUUUUGUUUUGUGUGUUCGUUUCGACUCAUCGACUAUUUGCUAACGGCCGACCCUUACCUGAUUUCGCUGUUUCCGCUCUUGUUCUCUCUACAGAAACAAGCAGGGGCAGACCCGCCUCUCCUCUUACUACGAAUGGAUAUCUAUGGUGGAGCGAAGUGCCCUCGAGAGCGAGAUUAUCCGAAAAUGUCUGUCUCGUUCGGAACUCCAAUGUUCAUUUGUUGAAUACCGUGGAUACAAGGUCGUCUAUCGCCGUUACGCAAGGUACGAAAUGUGAACUUGAUUUUUAUCACGGAAAGAAACGUGGUUCGCUACCUCAUCUCACGCGUUUCCUAUUGUCAGUCUUUUUUUCAUUGUUGGAAGUCGACUAAGCAAGGAUGGAAACGACAAUCCCGAAAAUGAAUUGGGACUGUUGGAAUUCAUUCACAAUUUGGUAGAAACCAUGGAUAAAUGGGCUGGAAGCAUUUGUGAAUUAGAUAUCAUGUAUCAACUCGAACAAGUUCACUUUUUAUUGGACGAGAUGGUAAUGAAUGGCCACAUUGUUGAAACGAACAAAAUGAACGUCUUAAGACCAUUGGAUUUGAUGGAACGGGAGUCCCAAAAGGCAGAGUCUAUGUAUCGAUAGGGAGCGAACUAAUGUUGGGCAAAGUCCUCUUGCGCUUCCAUUGGAUAUCAGAACAACUUUUUGGUGUAAAAGACAAAAAACUCGAUUUUUUUAGUGCCAUUGUCGAAGGGAAAUUCUUGAAUGGCACUUUUUGAUUCAGUACUGCACAAAAAGAUUUCAGAUUCAAUUUCGAUCAUAGUUUGUUUAAAAUUGUUUACAUUCGGAGCGAUGUAAUAUUUUUGCGACUGAAUAGUGACAAGUUGCCGAAAAGACUAAAGUCUAAGUGCACCGAGUGCAAACAAACUCGUGUAACAACCCACCAUGAACAAGGUUUAGAAAAGGAAAGUUUUCUCCUAUUAAAACAAUAUCGUAACUAUGUUAUCUGAAGGAAGUGCCAGUCUUUGCUUUUUUCUGUUGACACCGCUCUUUCUUUGCAGUGCAUCAAUCGGAAUCGUCGAUAUGAUACAGUUGCAACAGUAAUAUGAUACAGUAAAAUGCAACUAAAUGA